ACGCUGGAGGGUCACGUGACUCGAGUCUAGCGCUUACAGAGAUCGCAUUGCGGCUCCCGCCCCGGCGAGUUCUCGCCCCCGCGCAGCCGUUUCCGAGGAGACGGCGCAUGUCUCGCCGCGCGUUGCCCCCUCUGCAGUCCCCCCGCCCCUCUUCUCCCACCACAAUGAGGUCCUAAGAUGGCGGUGGCUGCGGCGGUUGGCGCCGUGUACCUAAGGUAGAAAGGCGGCCAUUGGGCUCUAGGCAGUCAGGGAACUUGUGGACCUCCCUACUGCGGUCUCUAAGGGAGGUACGCUGCCAGUGGCGGGUCGUAGGGGCUGACCGCUACUUCGCCCUUAGCAGGAGCGGCUGCUUCGUUUACAGGUAAAGCCUCCGCGUUCCCGGUCCCUGGCAACCGAGGACAGCGCGCCACAGGGGCGGGAGAGCAACGGCUCUGGGACGCUUGACCCCGUUGGGCCUGUCCUGGAGCCCACGCCUCUUCUGUAUCUCCUGGGACUUUUUGCUGCCUCCUCGUCCCCUCGGCAGGCGGACAGUCCGCCCCUCCCCCGGGACCGACCGAUGCAAUCUCAGGGACAACAACUUCAAAGUGUGAAGCAGGAAAGGAGCUGUUUCUGAGCUGCAAAACUUAUUUCUAAAAAGAUAAAAUUAUUUCAACCUCUCCUCCUUCAUAAUUCCACGGCUAUUGGAAAUCCAUAGUCUUCCUUUAGAUGAUCUAGAAAUCUUUUCUCAUGACCAUUUCUGCUUCUGAACCUCUGCUUCCACCAUUGCUACUUGUGUUUCUCAUCUCUUUGACCCAGGAUAUUAAUUGUUAAAGCCAGUAUGGCCACAGGAGGAGGUCCUUUUGAAGAAGGCAUGAAUGAUCAGGAUUUACCAAACUGGAGCAAUGAGAGUGUUGAUGACCGACUCAACAAUAUGGAUUGGGGUGGCCAACAGAAGAAGGCAAAUAGAUCAUCAGAAAAGAAUAAGAAAAAGUUUGGUGUAGAAAGUGAUAAAAGGGUAACUAAUGAGAUUUCUCCGGAGUCAUCACCAGGAAUUGGAAGGCGAAGAACAAAGACUCCACAUACAUUUCCACAUAGUAGAUAUAUGACUCAGAUGUCUGUUCCAGAGCAGGCAGAAUUAGAGAAACUUAAACAGCGGAUAAACUUCAGUGACUUAGAUCAGAGAAGCAUUGGAAGUGAUUCUCAAGGUAGAGCCACUGCAGCUAACAACAAACGGCAGCUUAGUGAAAACCGAAAGCCCUUCAACUUUUUGCCUAUGCAGAUUAAUACUAACAAGAGCAAAGAUGUGGCUGCAGGUCUUCAAAAGAGGGAAGUGAUUGGAUCAACACAAUGUAAAGAAUUGUUUGCUUCUGCUUUAAGUAAUGACCUUUUACAAAAUUGUCAAGUCUCUGAAGAAGAUGGGAGAGGAGAGCCUGCAAUGGAGAGCAGCCAGAUUGUAAGCAGACUUGUUCAAAUUCGUGACUAUAUUACUAAAGCUAGUUCCAUGCGAGAAGAUCUUGUGGAGAAAAAUGAAAGAUCUGCUAAUGUUGAACGCCUUACUCAUCUAAUAGAUCAUCUUAAAGAACAAGAAAAGUCAUAUAUGAAAUUUCUCCAAAAAAUUCUUGCUAGAGAAAAUGAGGAGGAGGAUGUUCGGACUAUAGAUUCAGCUGUGGGAUCUGGUUCUGUAGCUGAGAGCACAUCGCUAAACAUAGAUGUGCAGUCUGAGGCUUCAGAUACCACGGAGGCAUCUUUUAGUCUGAGAAUUCGGCCGUGCAUUGAGGACAAACUAGGGAAUUCAGCCUCACAAGAACAGGUUUCAGACAUUGACGUUACUACAAGUCCAAAAGGGAAAGGUGACAGACCUCCUCAGAAUGACAGGGAACUGAGGCCUAAUAGGAAAUAUAGCCGAAAACGUGGAUUUCCCUCAAAGGCCAGAGAUCCUGAACAGGAGCCUAUGGAAGAGAUAGAAAAUUUGAAGAAACAACAUGAUUUAUUAAAAAGGAUGUUACAGCAGCAGGAACAACUGCGAGCUCUGCAGGGACGACAAGCUGCUCUUCUAGCUCUGCAACAUAAAGCGGAGCAAGCUAUUGCUGUGAUGGAUGAUUCUGAAAAGGUUGCAGGGACAACUCCUGGCCAUCAUACUGUACGAUGCAGACAGACAGCUCGCUCUCCUUUUCAUCAGAGAGUACCCUUAAGAGUUGGAGAAACUACAGGUAGCUUAUCUGGAGUCAGUAUAACAUCUGAACUAAAUGAAGAAUUAAAUGAUUUAAUUCAGCGUUUUCAUAAUCAGCUUCGUGAGUCUCAGCCUCCAGCUGUUCCAGACAAUAGAAGACAGGCAGAAAGUCUUUCAUUAACUAGGGAGGUUUCCCAGAGCAGGAAUCCAUCAGUUUCAGAUCAUUUGCCUGAUGAGAAAGUCCAGCUUUUUAGCAAAAUGAGAGUGCUACAGGAAAAGAAACAGAAAAUGGACAAAUUACUUGGAGAACUUCAUACACUUCGAGAUCAGCAUCUGAACAAUUCAUCAUUUGUGCCUUCUUCAGCCUCUCCACAGAGGAGUGGGGAUCAGAGAAGUACAGCUUCAGCCCCCUCUGUUCCUGUAGGCUUAGUACCAGUUGUCAAUGGAGAGUCUAACAGCCUUACAUCAUCUGUUCCUUAUCCUGCCACUUCCUUAGUUUCUCAGAAUGAGAGUGAAAAUGAAGUACAUCUGAAUCCAACUGAAAAACUCCAGAAGUUAAAUGAAGUUCGAAAGAGAUUGAAUGAAUUAAGAGAAUUAGUUCAUUAUUAUGAACAGACAUCAGAUAUGAUGACAGAUGCUGUAAAUGAAAACACAAAAGAUGAAGAAACUGAAGAGUCAGAAUAUGAUUCUGAGCAUGAAAAUUCUGAACCUGUUACUAAUAUUCGAAAUCCACAAGUAGCUGCUACCUGGAAUGAAGUAAAUAGUAAUAGUAAUACACAGUGUAUUUCUAAUAAUAGAGAUGGGAGAUCAGUUAAUUCUAAUUGUGAAAUUAACAACAGAUCUGCUGCCAACAUCAGAGCUCUAAACAUGCCUCCUUUAGAUUGUCGAUACAAUAGAGAAGGAGAACAGGGAAUGCAUGUAACACAAGGUGAAGAUGAUGAGGAAGAGGAGGAAGCUGAAGAGGAGGGAGUCAGUGGAGCUUCAUUAUCUAGUCAUAGGAGCAGUCUGGUUGAUGAAGCUCCAGAAGAUGCAGAAUUUGAACAGAAGAUCAAUAGACUUAUGGCUGCAAAACAGAAACUUAGACAGCUGCAAGAUCUUGUUGCUAUGGUGCAGGAUGAUGAUGCAGCUCAAGGGGUUACCUCUGCCAAUACAUCAAAUUUGGAUGAUUUCUACCCAGCAGAAGAAGACACCAAGCAAAAUUCAAAUAAUACAAGAGGAAAUGCCAGCAAAACACAGAAAGAUACUGGUGUAAAUGAAAAGGCAAGAGAGAAAUUUUAUGAGGCAAAACUACAGCAGCAACAACGAGAGCUAAAACAAUUGCAGGAAGAAAGAAAGAAGUUGAUUGAGAUUCAAGAGAAAAUUCAAGCUUUGCAAAAGGCAUGUCCUGACCUGCAGCUGUCAGCCACUUCUGUGGGUAAUUGUCCCACAAAAAAAUACAUACCAGCUGUUACUUCAACCCCAACUAUUAAUGAAAAUGAGACCAAUACAAGCAAAUCUGUUUUUGAACCUGAAGAUUCUUCAGUAGUAGAUAAUGAGUUGUGGUCUGACAUGCGAAGACAUGAAAUAUUAAGGGAAGAGCUUCGACAGAGAAGAAAGCAGCUUGAAGCGCUAAUGGCUGAACAUCAGAGGAGGCAGGGUCUAGCUGAAACUACGUCUCCAGUGGCUGCGUCAUUGAGAAGUGAUGGAUCUGAGAACCUGUGUACUCCUCAACAAAGUAGAACAGAAAAAACAAUGGCAACGUGGGGAGGUUCUACUCAGUGUGCCCUAGAUGAAGAAGGAGAUGAAGAUGGUUACCUUUCUGAAGGAAUUGUUCGGACAGAUGAAGAAGAGGAAGAAGAGCAGGAUGCCAGUUCCAAUGAUAAUUUUUCUGUGUAUCCUCCUAACAGUGUGAAUCACAAUUCCUAUAAUGCAAAGGAAACUAAAAAUAGGUGGAAGAACAAUCGCCCUUUUUCAGCAGAUGGAAAUUAUCGCCCAUUAGCCAAGACAAGACAACAGAAUAUCAGCAUGCAACGGCAAGAAAACCUCCGGUGGGUAUCAGAGCUCUCUUAUGUGGAAGAGAAAGAACAGUGGCAAGAACAAAUUAAUCAGCUAAAGAAACAACUUGACUUCAGUGUCAAUAUUUGCCAGACUUUGAUGCAAGAUCAGCAGACUCUGUCUUGUCUGCUGCAAACUCUUCUCACAGGUCCUUACAGUGUUAUGCCAAGCAAUGUUGCAUCUCCUCAGGUACACCUCAUAAUGCACCAGUUGAACCAGUGCUACACACAGCUAACAUGGCAACAGAAUAAUGUUCAAAGGUUGAAACAAAUGCUGAAUGAACUUAUGCGCCAACAAAGUCAGCAUCCAGAAAAACCUGGAAGCAAGGAAAGAGGCAGCAGUGCAUCACACCCUUCUUCUCCCAGUUUAUUUUGUCCUUUCAGCUUUCCAACACAGCCUGUAAAUCUGUUCAAUCUGCCUGGAUUUACUAAUUUUUCAUCAUUUGCACCAGGUAUGAAUUUCAGCCCUUUAUUUCCUUCUAAUUUUGGAGAUUUUUCUCAGAAUAUAUCUACAUCCUCUGAACAGCAGCAACCUUUAGCCCAGAAUUCUUCAGGGAAAACAGAAUAUAUGGCUUUCCCAAAGCCUUUUGAAAGCAGUUCCUCUAUUGGAGCAGAAAAGCAAAGGAAUCAGAAACAGCCUGAAGAGGAGGUAGAAAACAUUAGGACGCCAUGGUUAUUCGACCAAGAAGGGGAAGUAGAAAAACCAUUUAUCAAGCCUGGAUUUGCAGUGUCUGUUGAGAAAACUACAAAUAGUAACCGCAAAAAUCAGUUAGAUACAAGCAGGAGAAGACGCCGGUUUGAUGAAGAAUCAUUAGAAAGCUUUAGCAGUAUGCCUGAUCCGGUAGAUCCAACAACAGUAACUAAAACAUUUAAGCCAAGAAAAGCAUCUGCACAGGCCAGCCUGGCAUCUAAAGACAAAACACCCAAAUCAAAAAGUAAAAAGAGAAAUUCUGCUCAGUUGAAAAGCAGAGUUAAAAAUAUUGGAUAUGAAAGUGCCAGUAUGUCCAGCACAUGUGAACCUUGCAAAAGUAGGAACAGACAUUUAGCUCAGACUGAAGAGCCUGUUCAAGCAAAAGUAUUCAGCAGAAAGAAUCAUGAACAGCUGGAAAAAAUAAUAAAAUAUAGUAGGUCUACAGAGAUAUCUUCAGCACAUGCUAGGAGAAUACUACAGCAAUCUAACAGAAAUGCAUGCAAUGAAGCGCCAGAAACUGGGAGUGAUUUUUCUAUGUUUGAAGCUUUGCGGGAUACUAUUUAUUCUGAAGUGGCUACUUUAAUUUCUCAAAAUGAAUCUCGCCCACAUUUUCUUAUUGAACUCUUCCAUGAGCUUCAACUACUUAAUACAGACUACUUAAGGCAGAGGGCUUUAUAUGCAUUGCAGGACAUAGUAUCAAGACAUAUUUCUGAAAGCCAUGAAAAAGAAGGGGAAAAUGUAAAAUCAGUGAACUCUGGUACUUGGAUAGCUUCAAACUCAGAACUUACUCCCAGUGAAAGCCUUGCUACUACUGAUGAUGAAACUUUUGAGAAGAACUUUGAAAGAGAAACACAUAAAAUAAGUGAGCAAAAUGAUGCUGAUAAUGUUAGUGUUAUGUCUGUAUCUUCAAAUUUUGAGCCUUUCGCAACAGAUGAUCUAGGUAACACCGUGAUUCACUUAGAUCAGGCAUUAGCCAGAAUGAGAGAAUAUGAGCGAAUGAAGACUGAGGCUGAAAGUAAUUCAAAUAUGAGAUGCACCUGCAGAGUUAUUGAGGAUGCAGAUGCUGCUGCCGCCACCACUGUAGUAAAUAAUUUAGAAGAAGCUCCCAUUAUUGAAAAUCAUACUUCGCAACAACCUAUAAGUGAAGUUUCUAGCAUCCCAUGUCCUAGAAUUGAUACUCAGCAGCUGGAUCGACAGAUUAAAGCAAUUAUGAAAGAAGUCAUUCCUUUUUUGAAGGAACACAUGGAUGAAAUAUGCUCUUCUCAACUUCUCACUUCAGUAAGACGCAUGGUUUUGACCCUUACUCAGCAAAAUGAUGAGAGCAAGGAGUUCGUGAAGUUCUUUCAUAAGCAACUUGGAAGUAUAUUACAAGAUUCACUGGCAAAAUUUGCGGGCAGAAAACUGAAGGACUGUGGAGAAGAUCUUCUUGUGGAGAUAUCUGAAGUGUUGUUUAAUGAAUUGGCUUUCUUUAAACUCAUGCAGGAUUUGGAUAAUAAUAGUAUAACUGUUAAACAGAGAUGCAAAAGGAAAAUAGAAGCGGCUGGAGUGAUACAGUCUUAUGCCAAAGAGGCCAAAAGGAUUCUUGAAGGAGAUCAUGGAUCACCUGCUGGAGAGAUUGAUGAUGAAGACAAAGAUAAGGAUGAAACUGAAACAGUUAAGCAGAUUCAAACAUCUGAGGUGUAUGGUGCUGAAGGUCCCAAGAAUGUAAGAUCUGAUGUUUCUGAUCAAGAGGAAGAUGAAGAAAGUGAAGGAUGUCCAGUAUCUAUUAAUUUGUCUAAAGCUGAAACUCAAGCUUUAACUAAUUAUGGAAGUGGAGAAGAUGAGAAUGAGGAUGAAGAAAUAGAAGAAUUUGAAGAGAGCCCUGUAGAUGUCCAGACCUCACUUCAGGCUAAUACUGAAACUAAUGAAGAAAAUGAGCAAGACAAUCAGGUUCUACAAAAUGACCUUGAAAAAACAGCUGGAAGCACAAAUGUUCCAUCUGAACAAGAACCCACUAGUAGAAAUGACCAAGAUAGCUCUCCUGUGAAACCUUGUUACCUCAAUAUCUUGGAAAAUGAGCAACCUUUAAAUAGUGCUGCCCAUAAGGACUCACUUACUACUAUUGAUUCAUCUAAACAACCUAACCCUUUGCCGUUACCUUUAACUGAAAUUGAAACCUUAGUGCCUAGAGUCAAAGAAGUUAAAUCUGCUCAGGAAACUCCUGAAAGCUCUCUCGCUGGAAGUCCAGAUACUGAAUCUCCAGUGUUAGUGAAUGAUUAUGAAGCAGAAUCUGGUAACAUAAGCCAAAAGUCUGAUGAAGAAGAUUUUGUGAAAGUUGAAGAUUUACCACUUAAACUGACAAUAUAUUCAGAGGCAGAUCUAAGGAAGAAAAUGGUAGAAGAACAACAGAAAAAUCAUUUAUCUGGUGAAAUAUGUGAAAUGCAGACUGAAGAAUUAGUUGGAAAUUCUCAGACACUAAAAGAACCUGUCUGUGUGACACCCAAGAGAGAUGCGGUCUAAACCCCUGUGCUCAUGCCUCUCCACCAAGGAGCCCCUGAGCAGGCAGAUGCCAUGAGAGGUGCCCAGGAACCUGGAUGAAGGUAUCACAGGGCAGCACACCAAGAAUGGAAGGAUCUGAGAUCUUACCCUGGCCUGCCACUGCUUCUUAGAUGCUGGCAGACUCCUGGGACUAUAUCACUCUGGGAACACCAGCCAGCAUGAGCUUGAGAUCCUAUCAGCUCCACUUGCCCUGCAAGUCCCCAAGGAGGUAACAUGAAGGAACAGGCCAAGUGGAUGCUGCACACUGUAUGAUCUAUGCCAUACCUGAGGAAACUCCCAGAAAUGUAAGAGGAGCUCUCUACCAGCCAGCCUAUCCCACCUAUGCCCUGAAGAGAGACAGUGGUCUUCAUUAUUCUAGUAAGGCAACCACUCUGUUCUCUGCCUCGACAAACUCCCUUGAAAAGAUUGUCUGGGAUAAAAGCUGCCACAAGAUGGGUAGAAAUGCCAUGGAAAAUUGCUCAAUACACACCAAUCUCUCCUGUGGCUCCUGGGUGGGAAACUGCUUUCCCAAUGAAAGAGGAAGGGAGUUCCUUAGGCAAAAAGAAAGAACUGAUUUCAUGUGAGGUAAUAACUCUCCAGAAGUUGCAGCCACUAGUCCUGUUGGGUUAAUAGCUGAGGAACACAGCUACACCUCCCUAGGUUUGUUGACAGGACCAGCGCACAGCAUGUAGUCCAGGGCCUGCUGGCCAUAUCUGUCACAUAAUGCUAAGCUGGUAAAUAUUUUAUAAAUUUACAUCAAUUAACAAAAAUUAUCCCUCACACAGUCUGGAGGACUAACUUCAGUAACAACUACCUGAGCUUUUCCAUUCAGCAAUUUUAAAAAAAUUCAGAACUGUUCUUUUUAAUGUAGGGUGGCUCACAGCCACAAAAGGAUGAGGUUCUUUGUCUCCCUAUGAGCACAAUUUAGACUUGGGGUAGUGAGAAACAAGUAACCUGUUAAAUGAAUACACUGUCGCCAGUUCCUAACCCCGAAGGUUUCCAAUCCCUGCGGAAAUGGAGAAGUUUUGAAGAGAACCAAAGUGAUGCACGCUGAGCACGACGGCUUGGGGCACUCCACUCUAGUGGGGGGUCUUCCACGCACAACUGCCUGUGAUCAAGUCCUGAAGGAAGGUCAAGAACUGGGCAGACCUGGCUCCAGUCCUCACUCCUGCUAUUAAUGCAGCUUUGAGCAAGUCACUUCACUUUGAUCACUGGGACUUCAAAUACUUUGGGGACUUGUUGAGAAAACUAAAGAAGCUAAUGCAUAUAAAGCUGUCCCUAGGAGAAGCCCCUAUACAGAGUUCUGGGCAAGCAGUAGCUAUAAUUAAGGUGAGUUAUCCUGGAGCUACGUGUGUGAAGGAAUGCAGUAUGAGUCACCCCUCUGUUUUAAAUCAUACUCCGAAAACUAGGCUGGUAAAUUAUAGGUUUGGCUCCAACCUAAACCUUAAUUUUAUCCAUUUUUUCUAAUGCAUAUGUUUAAUGUCCAUGGCUACUAAAUUCUGUCCUCCAAAAAUUUCAAUAGCACUGACUACUACCAGGGGGAACUGUGGUGAGGAUUUUGGUUAACAUCCUUCCAAUUAUCCUUUUGUACCCUAGAUGUAUAGUUAGUUAUGCAUAAGUACCUACAGAAAGUGUAACGUAAACAGGUUUACACUGUAUAGACUAUUUUGCGAACACUUUACCACUAAACAAUACUACUAAAAUUUUUAAUGCCAGUUAUUGCCUCUAAACUUUGGGACUUAUUCCUGAAGAAUCAGUCUGAAAUGAUCUGUUUAAAAUGUAUAUCAAAGGCUACUACAUUAAAAAACACAUCAAGUUUACCUCA